GAUAGGGCGCUUAAGCGACUGUUUAACACCCCUAAAUAGUGCGCGUGUAUAAGGGGUCUGCGUGCUAUUUGAGAUUCAGCCAUGGCCUUCUUGUUUAUGGAGGAUUAAAAUUAGCGUUAGCAUGAUAUUAGCCUUUUAAAUCCGACUCUAAGGAAGUACAAAACCGAAUGAAGUCUGAGUUAGAGAGUGAAAUAAAAGUCCCGAAGGCGGUGAAAGAUUUUAUUUAGAGUGCUGACGGGGCAUGAGAGUUGCGGACCUGCCCGUUUUGAUAAACCCGUGGGAUUUGGGAGGACAUGGCUGCACGGCCGCUUUCUUAUGACAGCAACUCGAGCGACACCGAAAACUGUGAGCAGAGAUCCAGUUCCCGAACUCGUCGCGUUUACAGACACUUGAGCAGCGGUGGCGGUCGGCUGCGAGCCUCUCAGCUGCACACCAAGGUGGCGAGGAUGAGCGUGCACGGACCCGAGCACUGCAGGGAGAGGCGUCGCUCUGGAGAUUGCUCCAGGGAUUCCUCUCACGAACGGGUCGAGGCCCAGCUCACGCCCUGCAUCAGGAACGUCACCUCACCGACACGGCAGCAGCUCAGCGAUCGAGAGAGAGAAGCGGGAUCGUGGUCGAGGUCCGCGAGUCCCAGGCCUCAGAAACCCUCCGGCUCCUUCGGCGCAGAGUCCCGCAGUAAACCCCACGGCUCGGACAUGGUCUACGUGUACGAAAACGCGAAGGAGGGCUCUCGGGGCGUGAGGACGGCGGAGAGGGUGACGCUCAUCGUGGAUAACACGCGCUUCGUCGUCGACCCCGCAGUCUUCACCGCUCAGCCCAACACCAUGCUCGGCAGGAUGUUCGGCGCCGGGAGGGAGUACAACUUCACGCGGCCCAACGAGAAGGGCGAAUACGAGGUGGCCGAGGGCAUCAGCUCCACCAUGUUCCGAGCCAUCCUGGAUUAUUACAAAUCGGGGAUAAUCCGCUGCCCUGAUGGGAUCUCCAUUCCCGAGCUGAGGGAAGCAUGUGACUACCUCUGCAUCUCCUUCGACUACAGCACCAUCAAGUGCAGAGAUCUGAGCGCACUGAUGCACGAGCUGUCGAACGACGGGGCGCGGCGGCAGUUCGAGUCGUACCUGGAGGAGAUGGUGCUGCCGCUGAUGGUGGCCAGCGCUCAGAGCGGAGAGAGGGAGUGUCACGUGGUGGUGCUCACUGACGACGACGUGGUGGACUGGGACGAAGAGUAUCCGCCGCAGAUGGGCGAGGAGUACUCACAGAUUAUCUACAGCACAAAACUGUAUCGAUUCUUCAAAUACAUCGAGAAUCGGGAUGUUGCAAAGUCCGUUUUAAAGGAGCGAGGACUGAAGAAGAUUCGAUUAGGCAUCGAAGGUUAUCCUACCUACAAGGAGAAGGUGAAGAAGCGUCCCGGCGGCCGGCCCGAGGUCAUCUAUAACUACGUUCAGAGACCGUUCAUCCGCAUGUCCUGGGAGAAAGAGGAGGGAAAGAGCCGCCACGUCGACUUCCAGUGCGUGAAGAGCAAAUCCAUUAGCAACCUCGCGGCGGCGGCAGCCGACACGCCUCACGACCAGCUCGUAGUGCUGCACGCCGGACCUCAGGUGGACGAGCUGGACAUCCUGCCAAACCACCACCAUCCUGAUCCGGACGCUCCAGCACCGGCUGUAUGAAGCGUCGUCUGGACACACUGUCUGAAUCCACGCAACACACACACACAGGCAGUCAAGCCCACGAUGCCUUUCCGAACCCCUCCCUGCCUUAACACACCUGGAUCCUGAGUGCUGCAUGGUGUACAUCAUCCAGGGGAAUAUCACCACACCAUGGCAAAGCGUCCCGUCACCAUCGCAGUUUUCGAGCCCUGACACACCAAGCCGGGGGGGGGGGAGGGGAUCAAAUUCAAUCGUGAGAUCAGUAACAGCUCCUCUGUGCUUCCUGGGCUCAGACCCAGCAACCUGAUUAUACAGGAUCAAAGUGUAGCGUAAUAUAAUCACACCGAUAGAUGAGAUAGUCGGAGAGCUACUUAAAUGCAUUCGUAGGCUACAAAAAUAAAGCGUAUAUGAAAAAUUUAUAUAAUAAUAAUCAACUCAGGACGGUCUCCUAAACCCCGAGUUCAGCAAGUGACAUCAAAUCAACAUGGCUGCUCAAAUUAAACACCGCCGCACUUAUUCACCUUUAAACGAGUUUAACGCAAAUACACACACACACGCGCGUACGUGUUUGCUUUAGUAUGUAGAAUUUAUAUAAUCUAGAGUUCGUAUGUAAUAAUCGUUAGCUGACCGGCUUGUUGCUAACAAAAGAUGAACGUGGAGGCGUUUUUUUUUUUCUUCCCCAUUUUGUAGAUCGAAAGUGACGUCGUUCCAACUUUGCAGUAAUAAAGAGAAAAUUUUUUUUAAAUUAAUUAGCCGUAACCAAACUAGUGCAGUAACAAGUCUCCAGAAUUACACACACGUGACUGUGGGUUUGUAGAGCCUGUGACGUGAUUUGGGCUUGAACUCCGCUACCAUUUUGAUGCCACUGUAAACGUGUGCGCAAAAGGUCUGAUCGGUGAUUUCUAGCUGGAUUUUAGAUAGAGCUGUGCUUUUCUCCUUCACUGAUUAACUGCAGCGUCUUCCAGUAGCCUCAGCGGUGCGUUGAAAUAGUCUGGCUAACGCGACUUUAAAGCUCUGCGAGCAUUUGGUCUGGCAAAGAUAUUAAGCCCAACCGUUUCCCAAAGCGCGUGGUUGACCCGCCUCCCUGAAAUGCCUCAGUUUGCUACUGGUCGAAGCCAGAAAAGGCUGUGACGAAGCUUAAACCAAUCACAUCACUCUUUCCUCUGACGUAUGUGACGCGACGGAAACUGCUUGAGUAACAGGAAGAAGAUAAACACCUCCAGGGCUGCUCUUUGCUCCGUUUUCAAUGAGAACUUCCCGUUGAAUGCUUUCAAUACAGCAUCGACCGCUGUGUCAAAGGCUUGCCGCUGCUCCAUGUUCGUAAUGUUUCUAGUGAAUGAAGCGCUUCCGGCAUAGAUUCUGUAAACAAUCUAUGGCUUCCGGUCGCAGUUCUACUACGUCACUGCCUUGAACACGCCUCUACCCAGGGCCGUUGGAGAUGCUCAAAGUUGAUUGGCUCCCGAUUUUUCGGGAGCUUGGAAGAGCUGGAGAUAGCUUGCUUUGCCAGACUAAGGUGGUGUUUACAUUAGACCGUAUCCGUCUCGUUUUCGUCGCGGAUGCACCGUCCGUUCACAUUAAAACGCCGGGAAACGACUCCACAGGCGGAACAACUUGAAUCCGCCAGGGCCCACGUAUUCAACCCAUUAUGUAUCUGAUCCGGUGCUGUGUAAACAUCGAGAAACGAGGAUACGCUGUACUGAGCUCUAGCUGACGGCGUCAUUGGACAACGUCACUGUGACGUCCACCUUCCUGAUUUGCUGGCGUUGGUCAUGUGACGCGACUGCUGAAAAACGGCGCGGACUUUCACUUCCUGCUAUUUGUCCCGAAUCACUGCUCGUGCGCUUUGUGAGCUGCGCAGGGCCGGAGUGCGCACCCUCCAGAGGGUACUCGCUGUUCAGGGUGGAGUGAUUUGGAGCGCAGGAUGCCUGCGGAGCCGAGCGUAUCCGUGUAUUGGCGUUGCUGUGUGCACGCGAAUCGUUUUAAAAACGUUAAUCUGAUGAUCCACUGAUACGGUCUAAUGUAAACACCACCUAAGUUCACAACAGCCCCCCGUGUUGUGUCACACUUAGGAUGGGCGGGCCCAGGCUAGCGUUGAAAUGCCACAAAAAAAAAAAAACCACACAAGCGACGGUCGGCUUGGUGCGUCACAGCUCACAGAGUCAAAACAAAAAGCAAGCACACAAACAAAAAGCCUCAAAAUGUUAAUCAUUAGAUAGAUAUCGAGCGCAGCACAAUCUCUCAUCCAAACAUUUCAGCAGGUCUAAUCUAACACACACACACACACACGGGCUCUUUGUGGUCGAAGUGGUCACAUCCCACUCUCCUGUUGUCCAUCUGGUGAAGGAAACUAAAAAGCGCGGUUCUUUCCCAGAGCCGGAUUAGAUUAGAUUAGAUUAGAUUAGAGCUGCGCUUGCUGUUCGAUUGUGUCCGGAGUCGUCACUUUUAAAGGCUGCCGCUUUUCCUGAUUCCACGCGUCUAAUCUAAUGACUUCUGAAGGUGUGUGUCCGGUCUGUGUGGUGAUGUUGGAUUGGACUGGAUGAAAGAAGCGAGACGGUGAUCUGAGCCACGCGCAGCUCCUCAGUCAGACGUGAACCCGUACACGUGAUGUCACAGCCAACAAUCGUACUUUUCUGAUUUGUUCCUUUGUUUUUAGCAGCAGGGCGACGCCACUUUGUUUCGAACGCCACCUUGUUUUAUAGCUUGAUGUGUAUUUUAAUAAAAGCUACUCGACCGCUGUGGUUUAUCAAUC